UUCUACAUCUAUAUAGGAAUCGGCACAAGGGAUUUAGUCUGCAGUCGUAGAAGUUUUCAUGUUUGCCUUGAGUGUUUUAUGUCUCUGGAGUUGAGUGACAUUGCAGUGUUUUAACACUUUAAGAACAAAAGUUUAAAUGCAGCCAAGAUUCAGAGCUUUAACAUUAUGUAAUUGGAACUGUGUAUAACAUAGGUUAUCACAUAUUUUAGACCUUUUACAUUAAGUUAUGCUACUUUUCUUUAUCAUUUGAUAAACAUAGGUAGUAUUUGAGCUCAAAAAGAUAAGAUAGUUAUCAAGAUAUCUGGCUAUAAAAACUUUUUACACAUGAUGAAUUAGACAAUUUUGGAAAGUUGGAACUUCCGAAGGAAAAAUUGUGCAAAUAUUUUGUAAUUAUUUAUUUCCUAGAUUACAGUAUUCCAAUAUGGAGCUUAUACCGUAUCAUAUAGGGUGUUUGUUGUUAAUUACUCAGCUGCUACAAGUUUUAGCCCAAGAUUUGGAUACUGCGGUGCUGCCGCUUGUAGCUGGGGGUAAAAGGAUUAUUCUUUCAAGUACAACAUGCGAACUUAGAGCUGAUAUUGUGAUUGUGAUAGACUCUUCUACGAGCGUGCGAUCUGCUAACUUUAAAAAACAGAUGUCAUUUGUUAGAAAUCUAAUAGAAGACUUUGAUGUAGAUGCCGAUCAGGUGAGAGUUGGAAUUGCCACCUACAGCACUAAAGAACAUGUUCACUUCCAUUUAGAUGAUUAUGCCGGCGACAAAUCUGCCCUUCUUGCUGCUAUCGAUAAUAUACCCUACAUAUAUGGCAGUACAAAUACUGCUGCUGGUCUUGCAAAGAUGCACAAUGAUAUGUUUGUUGAGAAGAAAGGAGAUCGUCCAGAUGUUCCCAAUAUUGCUAUCAUCAUGACUGAUGGUGUCUCAAACAUCAACAAAAGACGGACAAUUCCAGAAGCUGAAGAAGCUAGAGCCAAAGGCAUUCAUAUUUAUGCGAUUGGUAUCGGUCUCAGCGGUCAGUCUGAUGAGUUAGAUGCAAUGGCCUCACCUCCUAUUGAAGAUAAUCGUUUUCUUGUCAGCGGUUUUGCUGAAUUACAGAAAAUCAAGCAGACUGUAUACACCCAGUUCUGUAAACGUUUGGCCCCACCUACCCCUCAACCAGCUCUAGGCUGUGAUGUGAAGGCUGAUGUUGUAUUUGUUGUGGAUUCAUCAACAAGUGUAGGCAAGGGAAAUUUCCAAGAACAGUUGAGAUUCCUUGAAAACAUAGUAUCUUCACAGAACAUAGAUGGCGGUAAUGUGCGUGUUGGUGCAUUGACUUACAGUAGCCGUGUAAAAGUUCAUUUCAAUCUGAACGAAUAUAAUAAACUUGAAAGUCUGCUCAAUGCUAUCGGAUCAAUUCCUUACUUAUACGGAAGUACCAAUACAGCUGAUGGCUUACUUGAAAUGUACAGAGAAAUGUUUACUGAGGCUAAUGGCGACAGACCAGAUGUUCCUAAUAUAGCUAUUGUUGUGACUGAUGGCGUCUCUAAUGUAAACAGGAGACGAACCUUACCAGAGGCUAGAGCUGCACGUGCUUUAGGUAUUCACAUCUUCGCUGUGGGCAUUGGUCUAAGUGGCCAAUCAGAUGAGUUGGAUGGAUUAGCAACACCCCCUAUUGAGAAAAACAGAUUUCUUGUUGAUGACUUUGAGGACCUGAAAAAGAUUCAGUCUGCCAUUGUUAACACUUUUUGUGCAGAAAUUCAGGCCACCAAGCGACCGCUGAUUCCCCCUGUAGCAAAUGCAGGUGAAGAUAGGGAACUUCAACUUCCACUAGAGGAAGACCUCUACCUUGAUGGCACAGCAAGCACAGAUGACCUCAAGAUUGUCAUAUAUUCUUGGGAACAAAUUGGGGGCCCCUCUCCAGUGUUCAUUGAACCUAAAGAUGCUGCUCAACCAUUGCUAGAGGGACUCAACCAACCAGGAGAAUAUGAGUUUGAACUGACUGUCUAUGAUGAGGACAAGUUACUGGAUAAAGAUGCUGUAAAAAUCAAAGCUCUAAAAGCCAAUGAGCCUCCUGUUGCUGAUGCUGGACCUGAUAGGGAGAUAACUGUUACUGAUGACUGUGUGGAUCUUGAUGGUACAGCCAGUACUGAUGAUAAAGCUAUUGUCUUUUGGAUAUGGGAAAUACUCUCAGAGGAUGCACCAUCUUUGACUCUGUCUAAAGAGGAUGAGGCAGUUGUCACAGUGUGUGGGUUCACUGGUGUUGGGGAAUAUGAGUUCAUCCUUAGGGUGUUUGAUGAAGAUGAAAGAGACUCAUCUGAUACAGUCAAAGUUACAGUUAUAAAUCCCAACCAGCCACCUGUAGCAGUAGCAGGUCCAGACAUUGAGAUUACUCUGCCUGAGGACUGUGUUGACCUGGAUGGUACAAAGAGCAGUGACGACAAAGGGAUUGUCUUCUGGAUAUGGGAACAGCUUGAUGGGCCAGAGACGGGAGUAUUCUCGAAGCCAGAAAACCCAAAGACCAAACUUUGUGGUCUUAGUACCCCUGGGGAGUACACUAUAAAAUUGAUUGCAUUUGACGAAGAUGAAAUGGAUGAUAUGGAUACCUUGAAAAUUAGAGUAAUCAAGGAGAAUCUGCCCCCCAUUGCCAAUGCUGGCCCAGAUCAAGAAAUCACUGUUCCUAAAGAAUGUGUUACACUUGAUGGAACCAAGAGUACAGAUGAUGUUCAAAUAGUAUUUUGGAUAUGGGAACAAUUGAGUGGUCCUGAGACUGCAAAGUUUGCCCAGGAGGACUCACCAACAACUGAGGUAUGCGGCCUCACAACACCAGGAGAAUAUGAGAUAAAACUGGUUGUCUUUGAUGAAGAUGAAGUAUUCGAUGAGGACACAAUGACAAUCAUUGUAAAAGAUCCUAAGAUACCUCCUGUAGCUAAUGCAGGGAAGGACAAGGUGAUUGUCAGCCCUGAGGACUGUGUCACCGUUGAUGGCUCAAAGAGUACAGAUGAUAAACAGAUUGUCUUCUGGAGAUGGGAACUCCAAACUGCCCCUGGUCGUGUUGCAAGACCCAAGAUUAAAUCCGAAGACACACCUAAGACUGGAAUCUGCAACCUUGAGAUUGGAGAAUAUAUCUUUGAAUUGAUUGUGUUUGAUGAGGAUGAACUCUCUGAUACUGAUACAGUUACUAUCACUGUCAUUAAGGGCAAUGCCCCACCUGUGGCUGAUGCAGGGGCAGACCAGGUUAUUACACUACCAGAGAACUGUGUCAUAGUUGAUGGCAAGGAAUCUACAGAUGAUGAGGCAAUUGUUUUCUACAUUUGGGAACAGAAAGGAGGACCAGCAAAGACAGAUAUAUCUGACCAAGAAGCUGAGAAAACAGAGAUAUGUGGCCUGACUAUACCUGGAGAGUAUGAGUUCCAGCUGUUUGUCUCUGAUGCUGAUGAAGCUGAUGAUACUGACAGAAUGAAGGUCACAGUCAUAAAGAGCAAUAAGCCCCCAGUGGCCGAUGCUGGGCCUGACCAGAGAAUUACUCUACCCAAGGAGUGUGUGGAGCUUGAUGGAGGAAAAAGUUCUGAUGAUGAAGCUAUUGUCUUCUGGAGAUGGGAACCUCGAGGUGGACCUGGUGAGCCUAAGAUAUCCUCAGAUGAUGAGUCUAAGACAGAAGUAUGUGGGCUCACAAAGGAAGGAACGUAUGAGUUUGAACUGAUUGUCUUUGAUGAGGAUGAACUGUCAGAUACAGAUACAGUAAAGAUCAUAGUUGAACCGGGUAAUGAGCCUCCAGUGGCGAAUGCAGGAAAGGACCAAAUAAUACGACUUCCAAACACAUGCACGACACUGAGUGGCAAACAAUCUACAGAUGAUGUCAAAGUUGAGGUGUACGUCUGGGAAUUUGUGAAUGGUCCAAGUGAAGGUGGCAUACAAGAUGAGAAUGAGGCUCUCACAAGGGCAUGUGGAAUGGAUGUGGGAGGGGAAUACACAUAUAAACUGACAGUCUUUGACAUUGAGGGCCUUGAGAGCUCUGAUACUGUCACCAUUACAGUUAGAGACAAGCCAAAGGCUAGAGGACCAUGUUUAGCAGAGGCCGAUGUUGUGUUCAUACUUGACUCUUCUGGAAGUAUUGGAGAGGACAGCUUUGAGAAAAUGUUGGAUUUUGUGCGAGAUGUGGUUGAAAGGUUUGACAUUGAUGGCGGUGCAGUUAGAAUUGGGUUAAUUACUUACAGUGAUGCGGCCGUAUCAGUGUUCCGUCUAAAUGAGCACAAAACAACCGAGGAUGUAGUGAAGGGUCUAAAGCAGGUGGAAUACAGGUAUGGACUGACUCACACCUCUGAUGCACUUCGAUUGAUGAGAACCCAGAUGUUUACAGAAGCUGCAGGGGACAGGCCUAAUGUAGUAAAUGUGGCUAUUAUCAUCACUGAUAGCGAAUCGAAUGUGAAUCAUGAAAUGACUGUUCCUGAAGCUAGGUUGGUAAAGGAGGAUGGUAUCACUGUACUAGGAGUGGGUAUAGGACUAUCUGAGAGACGUCAUGAACUUGAAGGUAUUGCUUCUGCCCCACAGUUGGUCCAUUUUGUCCACGACUAUGAGUCUUUGAUCAACAACACUGCUAGCUUAACUGAUCCAAUAUGUGUAGAUGACCAGGAUUGUGCCUCCAUCCCAUGUGAGAAUGGUGGUACUUGUAUUGAAGGACUUGGUGGAUACACAUGCAGAUGUAAAUAUGGCUUUGGUGGAAAAUCGUGUGAAACUAAGUGCCCCAAGGAGGCAGAUAUCAUAUUCAUUGUUGACUCAAGUGCCAGUGUGGGGGAGCAGAAUUUUCAGCUCCUAAAGGAGACUGUCUCUACCAUGGUGGAGCAAAUGGAUAUAGAGUCGUGUGGUAUACAGGUGGGAAUGGUCACCUACAGUACUGCAGCUAGGAUUCAAUUCCAUCUAAAUGCUCACAGAACAAAGGUUGGUAUAUUGAAUGCUGUGGACAGUGUGAAUUACAUGGAUGGUUAUACACAUACAGCAGAUGGUAUUGCAGCAGCACACAAACAGAUGUUCCUUACUAGGUUUGGAGACAGGCCUGAUGCAAGAAAUGUUGCUGUUCUUUUAACAGAUGGUUACCAUAACAUCAACCUGGCUAAAACAUUGCCCUCUGCCCGAGAAGCCGAACAAGAUGGCAUCUACGUAGUCACAAUAGGUGUCGCCAUUCCUAACAAACGUGAAAUGACUGAGAUCGCAUCAUUGCGCGAUGAGGGCUCAUUCUAUGUGGACAUAUUCCGAGAUGCCCCAAACACAGUGAAGCGAGUUAGAAAACUGAUCUUUGAAGAUGAGGACCAAUGUAAGGGAAAUCCUUGUAAGAAUGGAGGUAAAUGUGAGGAUGGUAUCAAACAGUUCAAAUGUACAUGUCCAGCUGGCUACUCUGGAAAGACAUGCGAGAGAUCUUGCGAAUCAAAGUCUGAUGUCGUCUUUGUGGUGGAUGCCUCUAAUCGAGUUGGCAGGGACACGUUCAGAUUGGUCAAGGAAUUCAUUACGCAGAUAGUAGAAGAGUUUGAAUUUACGUCAGGAAAUACAAG